GUCACCUAUACCUUUUGUUCCACUCUCUCAUAGAGUUGUUGAGGGAUUAACUGAGGGGAAAAAAGAUGUAAUACGACUGGCACAAAGAGACAGUCAACAGUAAGAAAGUCAGCCACCACCCCUUAAUCACCUCUUUCCGUCCCCUCUCUUUGUGGGGGGUGGGGCAAAGGGGAUGGAGGAGAAACGGUCAACUACGUGAGGUGCAGAGGUUGGCAUCCCAAGUUUGGCUGACCUAAGGAAGGAACGGAGUGAGGCAAAGUGCCACAUGGCUGAAAGAUCCCACCCAGGGAGUGGCUCGGAUGCUUCCAGCACAGACGUGUGUCCUUUCAUGUGUGGGAGGUAGGGGUGGAGCUGGAGCAGGAAGAUAUCACCACAGCUUAGAAGCCGCCACUCUUGCUUGUGAGGAGAGCCCCGCGAGGUUGCCACUCACCUGCCGGCUCUCGCUCUGCUGGCUCCAGCACACACAGCGAGACCAUGGGUACCUUCCAAGGACACCUUCUGGCAGGAGUAUUCUUCCUCGUCUUCUCUCUGUACUAUGCAGUGAUGAUGUCCUUGGCCCUGCUGCGGGGACAGAGGUUACUCAGACCCCCUUUGCCCCCAAGGGAGAAGCGAGGACACAGGUGGUGGCAGCGGGUACCUGUGCAAGGGGUGAUGAAGGUGGUCAUUGCCCUGGGCGGCAUCAUUCCUGAGUUCUUCUACCCCCCAGGAGUAAACCGGAUGAAGAUAAUAGACUGGGAGAACCCUCAGCGGCCGUUCAUAUUUUACAACAACUGGGGUCAUGUCACCAUGUAUGGGUUCUUCAUGCUCAGUGGUGUGGUGGACAUCGUGAGCCAGGCAUGUCAGGCAUGGCAGAACGUCAAGCUGGAGCGAGCAGCUGAGGCCCUGGCCUUCUGUGUGCUGGUGCUGCUGAUGGCCGCCCACCUGGAGAACAAGGGCACCCUGGAGAUCCGCGUGCAUGUGCUGUUUGUGGUGCCCACCUUCCUGGUGAGCCUGGUGCUCAUCAUCGAGGUCUGGGUCCCUGACCAGCCCACGCUGUGGGUGCUCAAGAGCUGGCUGGGACUGGUGCUGAGCUGCUGGAUGUUACAGCUCUCUGUGCUGAUGUACGUUCCCCUCUCGGGGCAGCCCUGGAAGGCAGAGAACCCGGGAGACCUCACCUUCCUCACCAUCUUCUUUUGUUGGUACCUGGCCUUGGGUGCCGCCCUACUGGCUGCCAUCUACGGUCUCUGCAGCCUCUGGCACCAUCGCUUCUCCUCCUGGAGGGAGACCCCAGGGGCCAAGUACCAGCCGUGUCCCAGAGGCUACAGCAAUGAGGAGCUGGAGAAGCUGGGGACAGAGGCCAUGCUACAGGAUGGGGGCGUCUAGGUACAGAAUCUGUCUCUGCGCGGUGCCUGUUGUCCCUAGAGUCUGAAGGGUGCCCAUGGUGCGCGCAGCCCGGAAAGGUCCUGGGAUCUACCAUGUGGCUGCCUGUCCCAGGAGUCAUCUUCCUUGUUCCUAAAUAAACCUUUCAGCUCCUCGGGUUACUUCAGUCUGUCCCUCUGUUUUCUCCAGGUCAGCCUCUUUCCUGCCUCACUACCUCACUGCCCCAUAGGGCUCCCGACCGUGGACUUCCGUGACGUGAGAACAAGGAGUAGGGCUUUUCUCUGACAGCUUUUGGGAUCCAAGAGGAGACAAUGAAAUGAGGAAAUAGAGGAAACCAGAGAGUCACUGGGACUCUGUGGGAGAGUUCUAUCAGCUUGAGGCAGAACUGGCUGAGUAUGUGCGGCUCCAAUGUUUAAAGGUGUGAAAGAGAGGGUGUCCGUUUUUGCGUCGUGGUGAGGACUUCUGUUUUCUUCACUUCUCUCUCUGUCUUAUUUACGCUGAGUGUAGCAGGAUGA